AUGCAUGAUGGUUGCGCCCAGGCUGCGCAGCAGUGUGUGCGGACGGACUUGAUCCCUGUGGGUGCCUCAAGCCAGUCCGCCUACGAGGAGGAGCUCGGAUCAGAUGCGUCGCAGCCGCAACUGCUGCAUGACGCGAUUGCUACGGACUUCUCCUUCCUGGCCAAGGUGCAGCUCAUUUCAGAGCGUGCGACGCCCAAGCUCCUGCAUCCAUCGGGCGUUGUGUGUUUCACGGAUGCACUGCAGGCUGAUGUAAUCUGUAGGCACUGGCUGCAAGCUGCUUACUGUUUUUUUGGAGACCUGCGCAGUUCCCAGCAGGAGCGUUGUUGUUGGAUCUUGUGA